CAAAAUGACAAAACUGGAAAAACGUCUUUUGGCUUUUUGUAAAUCAAACUGUGGUGGACAGUUUCGGUACGUGGGUGGGACAAAGUGCUCUGCGCCCCACCUGUACGUGCGGUGCUUCUUCUUUGUUGUUGUGGGACCAGUGUCAAGCAAGUCCUGCUAGGUAGCGGCGUGCGGAGAGAGAAGGUUCGGCCUCUCGCAGCUACAGACAGAUGUAUUCAGGUAAGAUGAACCAUGAGAACAUUUUGGCUCAACUGAAGAAGGAAGUUCGCUCCUUGCUCAUUUCAUCCAAGAAUGGUUUAGCUCCGGAAGAGCUCCUACGAGACUACUCCACCAUGUUGGGCCAUUCGAUGCCCCUGAAAGUCCUGGGCUUCAGGAACAUUUUGGAUAUGAGUCAGGAGAUGCCUGAUGUGGUGUCCAUUAACUUCAGGCCAGAUGGGAGCAUAUUCUUAAAAGCUGUUGGUCACGAGACCACUCGACGCAUCGAGGAGCUGGUGACCAAGCAGCGCUCUAAGCCAAACAAAAAGGUCAGCAGGGGAGGUGCCCGCUACUUUCCAACUCAUUCUGUGUCCCACUAUGUGGUCCUCCCAAGAAGAGGCCCCGCUCCUCCAGCCAUCCCCGCACAGCUGAGGACGGAGCUGCGAAUACUGCUCUCACAAGGUCCCAUUAGGUUAUCCGACUUGGAGGCUUCUUUCUGGCGCUUCUUUGGACGACCGCUUUGUAUUCGCAACUAUGGGUUCUACUCCACUGGAGAGAUGUUGGGGGCAGCGGCAGAUAUGGUUGUCAUUAGCCAGAGCAGGUUUGGCUCACUUGUGUUCCUGAGGGAGCAUAUGAUCCCUAGGCCACUGCUCAAAUUACCCGCCUCAACAAAGAGGGGUGGACUGAUAAAACCAGCAUUGCCAAGGACAUGCAGGCCAGAUUCUGAAAGGCCAGAUGUCAAACUUCAGAUGCCAAAAACACCUCCAGCUGAAGCUCCAGAGAAACCAACAUCUCUGAACCAGACAUCUACCCAGAAUUCCUUGGAUUCUGCCCGUAGUGAGCCCGGAACCGUCGAUAGCAAGCCGGGGGCGGACGAGAAGAACCAGGAAACCAAAGCUCAGCUUUCCCCAGAGAUUCAGCUCUUUGAUAACCAUGUCCUCCAGCUGGAGGAGGGGCUUCGUCAGCAGAUCCUGGAGAACGGAGUUGCUGGCACCAUCAAUCAGGAGCUGAAGGACAAACUACGAGCGGUCAUAGGUCAGACGGACGGCGGAUUAUCAGUUCACAAACUGCCAGCAGAGUACAAGAGGUGUUUUGGCGAGGACUUGCCUCUGCAGCAGAGCGGCUUUGUUAGCGUCACUGAACUCGUCGGUGCCAUGAGUGACACUUUCCACCUGAGACCAGCAGAGGGAGGCAGUGGACAAGACUGGAUAAUCAGGACCAUACAUGAUACUGAGAAUACCCGUCCAGACUCAAAAGAGAGCGAGAGUUUUAAUGAUGAUCAGACGUUUCCAAUUGUCCCACCAUCAGAUGAUGAGAACAACGAGCUGGUUACCAGUAACACACCCAAGGAAAUGAUUUCUGCAAUUCCGGUGCAUCUCAGCCCUGCUGUACCCCUCGACGCCCUCCAAAGUAAGCCUCUCAAACCACCGACGCGCCACUGUGCUCGAGAGCUGGUGGAAGUCUUGGUGGAGCGGGUGGAGUCACCCGGAUAUUUCUACAUUCGCUUCAGCGAGACUGAGGAGGCCCGAGCUAUGGAGAACAUGAUCUUUGCGAUGAGACGAUGCUACACCUGUCCUCAGAUGUCGGAGUGCUAUCGCCUUCCCCAGAGAUUUGUUCGACGGGGUCAGGUCUGCUGCGUGUCACCUGACGGAGUGUGGUUCUACCGGGUGGUGAUCCAUAAGGUGAUCUCCCCCACUCAAGUGGAGGUGUACUAUGUGGACUUUGGUGAUUUGACAGUGGUACCAACCGCCAACCUCAAGUUCCUCAAGUCGGCUUAUUCGGUUCUUCCAGCACAAGCUGUCCCAUCUUCACUCGCUGGAAUUAAACCCACCUCUGGCAGCUGGACUCCUGAGGCAACAGCCGACUUCCAGAAACUGUGCUAUGAUCGCACCCUGGUGGGCGCUCUGGAUUGUUACAGUGGAGACGUGCUGCAGCUCUACCUGUGUGACACACAUACUGAUGAUGACAUCUACAUCCACACUGUCCUGCUGAGCCAAGGCCAUGGGACACCCUGCAGCCCUGCAGCCUCUGCAGCAGAUAGCUGUCAGGUCACACCAGUGAGUCUCUACCUGGGAGAGGGGGUGGCUGACCUGCCAGAGGUGAGGGAGGAAAUGAUUUCAUCCCCAGAGCCAGGAGACACUUCUGAAGAGUCCAUAAUGGACAAACUGAAGGUUGAAGAUGAAAUGCCUGCCCUGGAGUAUAUCUGGGAUAGCAAGGUUGUCCCUCACAUCCAGGCUAAGGAGAAAAACCCGUUCAACGCUCUGCUGAAAGACCAAACCGUCACCUGCCCCCUGACACCUCCAGAUCUCAUUCAGACCAAGAUGACCACAGCUGACCUCACGACACAGAGUCCGACUGCUCCACCAGCUCCACCCGUCAUUAAUCCCACUUCCAUGAGACCAGAGGAGGUGCUGCACCAGCCUAAGGAUUCUGCCCCCUCCAUGACCAGAACUCCUCUAAUCCUCAGCACCCUGAGCCUCCACACUGCUGCCCUGGGUCAAAUUCAGGAUGGUACUCUGGAUGGACCCCUUUCUCACCGGUACCCUCGGAAAUCUGGCGUCACGUUUCCUCUGUUUGGGUCCAGAUAGGCUGAGAGUGUCACAGCCAGUAAACACAUGUUGCUGUUUUUUUCCUACAUAAUUGAAGCUUUUUAAAUACUGUGAACAAAGACAAAAAAAUGUCAUGACUGAUGGAAUUUUAUUUGGAAAAAUAAAUGUUAUUGCCUGGACUGCUUUAAUAUUUUUAGAGAACUCUGUUCAUCUGACCCUUGUUGUUCAGGCGACCCAGCGUUUGUGUUUUUGGUUUAAUAUUCUUUAUUUCUCCUUGUCAACUCCCCGUCUCCUGUUUCCUGUUUUACUUUGAUAGUCUUGCUUCCUCCACAUCUCGUUACGUGUGAUUGCUCUCAGCUGUGUCCGAUUCCCACGUUAUCCCUCUGUGUAUUUAAGUCCUGCGUUUUCCUCUGUCUAUUGUCGCAUCCUUCCCUGUUUGCUGUGUGUUUUCUAGUCUCCCAGUGUUUAGUUCUUAGUUUCAAGUUUUAUUUUGAUUUUUGUGAGUUUAUUUUACGGAUUAUUUUUCCCAGCGAAUAAAGCUGCCGCUUUGAGUUUA